AUGCCGCCAACGGUUCAUAUACCACGCUCGGCGAGCUUUGAGCAUAUAGAAGCCGUCAAAGAUACAAACGUCGAUAUCGUCGGAGUCCCGCCCAUCGGUGGACAUCAUGAGAAGACAUGGACUGAGCAGGGGUCAAGAUCACCCUGGCUCGGGAUCGAACUACUCAAGCGCAUACCCCGGGCACGCGUUCUGUUGUAUAACCAUGGACUGUUGCACGAGAAUGAUAAAAUCGAAGACCUCGGUCAACGGCUCCUGAAUCAUCUGCUUCACGAACGGAGAUCAGAGAGCAUUCGACGCCCGCUCUUCUUCAUGUGUCAUAGUACAGGAGGUCUUGUAGCAAAGGCAUGUCUCGCCUUAGCCUCACGGGCCGAGCCGAACCAGCAGGCCAUCCUCACUAGCUGUUACGGUAUCGCUUUCUUCGCGACGCCCCACCAAGGCUCCAGCUAUCUAUCUGCAGAGGAGUAUAUGUCAAGUAUACGUCGUCUACUGCAUCUGGAGCAGGAGAUACCCGCGGCGCUCAGAGAACAAUUUCGACCCCGUCAGGAGAGGCUUUGGCAUUUGUCCAACCAAUUCAAGGCCAUUUCGGCAGAUAUGAAGGUUUGGUCCUUUUUAGAGACUAUAGACUCGACACUACACGUUUUGGACUUGGAUACGCAAAAUGUUGGGGUAUUCCAUGCGCCCAUAACUUCCAUUCGCUCCGGACUGCUCACUAUCGAGCAUGAGAUCGAGUACCCCUUAGCUACAGACCAUGCUGGCACAGCUUGCUUUCAGGGUCAAUCUCUGAGUUUGGAAAAGUUUCUGGCCGAGUUAAGUCAGUCAGUCACCGAUGCAGUGAAGCUCUCCAAGCAUAUAGAUACUCGCGUCGAUGUGGAAUCCGACGUCAUAGUUCAAGUCAAUGGGUUUUUUGAAGACACUGCUUUGGGUGUCAGUGAUGAGACUCCCUUGAAGUUAUGGACUGCUCGUGUUUCUCUGGAAGAAUAUCUUAUCAAAGGCCCCUCGGAAUGUCUUCGGGAACGGUUGAAACGUUCGCAGCCUGCAGGACUAGACGACUCUUCAGUGAGUAGUUUUGACAGCCCUCGGCAUUCCUUUCCACAUGUUAUCCCUAGCCCGGACGAACUUGGGCACGAGCAAAAUAAUAAUCAUGGCAUUGCCCACGACGAACACGACCUUAGACCUUCGAGGCCAACUCUUCCUCAUGGUGAAAGCUUCGACUCUAUGCACUCUCCAAACAUCCAUAUCACUGUACAACACGAGCAGGAAUAUUUUGAGCCUCAUGAGAGCCCUCCACCACCGGUUGACCGUCCUCGAAAAAACUCAAUCACCCGAACCUUAGGACUCAACACAUUGAAGUCCCACAGGCGAAGUAUGUCUGAUGGCAGCUCCCACACAAGCGGCUCGCGCCUAUCAAGCUCCGGGUCGCCGCAGUCACAUUCAAGGUUCCUGUCUAUCCCACCAUCCACCAGCGAUCGUAUCAACGAGCACAUGGAGACUCGGGAUAUCCCUCGCUCCGUACCUCGUUUUGACCGGCCUGAGCCCGAUACUGAGAAGCUACUCUGGAUUCAUGUUCCCUAUACUCACACUGGAUGGGUGUCACAGGUGAUUCGACGCGCAUGUCAUGAUCGCCAGGAACCGAAUUUUCUACGGAAAUUCAUCAAUGACGAGAAUUGGUAUCUGAAUCUUAACAGAGCUCGACAUCUUGAGCCACAUGCACGCUUUGUUAGGCCGAAGUGUAUUCAUUCUCGACAGAUGGAUGCUUCUCAGCCUACCAAGACUGACACUCCUGAGGACCCCCAACUGGCUCUUUAUACCCCAUACCUUCACUGGGACACAUACCGAAACCUAAUCCAGCGCCGCAAAGUAGUCGAAGACAGACUUAAACAAGGCCGAUCCCACCCAGUGCCAAGCAGAAUUGCAAAAUCAAGCCAAGAGGCACAAUUAAUAUGGCAGUAUUUGGGCUGCGAACCACCAAUUCACUUCCGUCGCACGUUAGACCAGUACGGUUAUCCCAACCUCCGCUCCACCGUCGCUCGCGAUGACGAUCAGAUGCUAUGGAAGCGUACCCGCCGAGCUGUCCGUCUUGAUGACCAACUUAGAAGCUAUAUGGAAGCCACUGAUGAGGACUCUGAGGACCCAGAGCCUACCGUAUUUAUGGAUGGGAAUGUGCUCAUGGUCGAUCAACUCUGGCUUUGGAUUGUUGACCAGAAGACCAUUGUCACAUUCUUUCCCAAUCAGGAGGCUACCACUUCCGAGGGGAAAUUGCUCGACCAGACAAAUCUGCAUAGCAGCAUUUAUAACGAGUUGAAUGGUGAUCUGGCGCGUCGGUUUGAGACGGCGGGGGAUCUUGCGGCGCUUAUCAUGCUGCAUGCUGUGACUGUUCUACUUGACAAGACACUGCACCAUGACCUACAAGUCUUGCGAAUUUUCGAGGAGUCUAUUAGCAUUCUGACCGAAUCCGUCACAAAGUCUUUCAAACGCUUCCGCAACGGCGGCUUCACCAACGGGCCAGCAGACUACAAUCUCACAGCCUCAGGAAGGCCAAUGUCAGCCACGGAGCGCAACGAGCGAGAUCGGAAAAUAGCCCUAAGAAACCGUGAAGAUUUAUCUGUCUUGCUUGAGCUCCGUGAUAUUGAAGAUGAGCUAGCCACUAUCCUCAGGCUUCUCGACCAGCAAGACGGAGUGAUCAAGAGUAUGAUGAAGUACUUCGAAAUCAAAGGCUGUGGGAAAGUCUUUCUCGACGCAGCUCAGCUGCGAAUCGAUGAGUAUCGCACUCAGAUCACAGAGAUGAAAGAAAACAGCCACCUCGCGCAGAAGGCGGUGGAAACUUUGCUGGAUCUUAAACAGAAACAGGCAAAUGUUGACGAGGCCAAGAUUGCGCGGUGGCAGGCCGAGGCAACUCAAAACCAGUCACGAUCGGUCAUGGUAUUUACUAUUUUCACAGUAAUCUUUCUACCACUGUCAUUCUUUACGUCUCUCUUCGGCAUUAACGCCAGAGAAUGGAGUGGCGAGUCGGCGAAUCUGACGCUAGCCGAGAUGCUAGAGAUAGCCGCCCCAGCUUCAAUCGCCAUAAUAGUCCUCUCUCUGCUGCUAGCAUUUAGCGAAAGACUCCGCCAAGUAACGACAACAUCUCAGAAGAUCGGCUUUGGGCUCUUCAAAGAUUUCUUCCUCCUCCCUAUCGAAAGAUUCCUACAUAUAGAUACACUCGUUCAUCGAAUACCAUCAACAGCUGUAUCGGAAGACUCGGCCAUGCGCAAGCGGUUUGAUCAUUACCUUGGUUACGAGAGUCAUAACACGAAACACUAUGAAGACUUUUGGCAAAUGCGGGAACAUGAACGAAGUCCCCUUGCAGAACUUGAGCGUAAGGCGAGGAAGAAGUCUAACUCUCAUGGAAUUGGUGAGUCAAUUGAGUUGAAAGUUCGGAAGCGCGCGAGUAGGUUUGAUGUUUGA